AUGGGUAUAGGGGAUUCCCAGCUGAAGGUGAAACGCCGUAUCAAGCAGGAGCCGGAGAGACGAUCGCACGCCACAGACAUGGUCAUGAAGGUCUGGGCACGUCGUCACUCGCUGUACAAGCACUUGUCAAUGGGAUCGGUUGUUCGUUACUCCCUGUAUUCCGCAACGCCGCGACUGCAAACUCUCCAUAAGCUAUGUGACGACACGCUCAUACAGGACUACGACAAGGAAGGCUUUGUUGACGACCUUUUACGCUAUGUCGCUUUCAUUGGGCAUCCAAAAGAUCAGACAUACGCGUUGUUAGGUGUGACAUCGCACCCAACCAGUACUGGGUGGACGCAGACAUUCUCCAAAUGGCUUGAGCAACACUGCGAGAAGGUGAUCACUGAUACUCGAACACCAGCAUAUCUCCAAGCAUUCGGGUCCUAUCUGCGGCGGUUUGCAUCGGAAGAGCUUACUGCCUAUUCUCAAUACCAGGACCACGGCCUGCUCAUGAAGCUCUUUGAGGUCAUCGACGAUCCUCGGGCGAAUCCGUUCGAAACAAUGGACAGAAAGGAAAGCUUUAAACCCUUUAUGACCUUGACUCAAUGGCACCGCAUCAGUUUGGUAUUGGGUCCAUUUCUGAAGUUGGCCAUUGAGUCAAGUCAACUUCGCAAACUUGAGUUGAGUCGCCUUCCAGAAUCUGAAUCAAGUCGCCUUCUUCCAGAACAAGAAGGGGAUGCCGAUUUGACGAGAACUGCCAUGUACCAUGUGCCGUCAGGCUUAGGCAGUUUCAAGGCUGGCUUCUGCCUCUACAUAACCGUCGGGGCAAGCUAUGCUGAUGUGCUCCAAACACUGUCAGAGAACCUUGAAUGUCUCCAAGAGGUUUUCAGUCCAUCAUUCAUUGGUGACGAUAUAAAUGAAAUAGGUCCGAUGGUGGUUCACAGAUGA